UAUACAUACUCCCGUCCCAUAACAACAACCUCCUGUCUCCCUACUAGUCAUUCAAGUAGGACGCAAUCAUGACCCAAGUCUCCGCCAGCCACACCGCGGUCCUCCACCGCGACACCCGAUUCAUCCCUAGAAAAGCCAUCGGUGGGAAAGGCAGUUACCUCCACCUGGAAGAUGGCACCAAGUUUCUUGAUUCGACUGGUGGCGCAGCUGUAUCCUGUCUCGGCCACGGCCACGAGGAAGUCUGCAAGGCCGUAGCAGACCAGGUUCACAAGGUGGCCUACUGUCACACAGCAUUCUUUGGCACAGAAGUCACCGAGGAACUUGCUCAAUUCCUUGUCGACUCGACAGGCGGUAAGAUGUCGAAGGUGUUUGUCAGUAGCUCAGGCUCCGAGGCCGUCGAAGCAGCUCUCAAGCUCGCACGCCAGUACUUCCUCGAGCUGGAGACACCCCAACCACAGCGGACUAGGUUCAUCGCCCGCCUGCCCUCUUACCACGGCACAACACUGGGCGCCUUAUCAGCAGGUGGACACGUCCAGCGUCGCCAACCAUUCGAGCCAAUUCUCGCCCAAAACACAUCGCACGUUUCCCCAUGCAAUGCGUACCGCGGCAAGAAAGAAGGCGAAUCAGACGCAGACUACGUUGUCCGCCUAACCACGGAGCUAGACGAAGAAUUCAAGCGCGUCGGGCCUGAAACCGUGUGCGCAUUCAUCGCCGAGCCGGUUGUCGGAGCAGCCCUCGGUGCCGUCCCCGCCGUCCCGGGGUACUUUCAAGCCAUGAAAGCCGUCUGCGAGCGGCACGGCGCGCUCUUCAUCAUGGACGAGGUCAUGAGCGGCAUGGGCCGCUGUGGUACGCUGCAUGCGUGGGAGCAGGAGGGCGUAGUCCCUGAUCUUCAGACGAUAGGAAAGGGUCUGGGAGGAGGAUACGCACCGGUGUCAGCGCUCCUGAUCGGGGAGAAGAUCGUGCAAGCCAUUGACAGAGGCACGGGCGCGUUCCGACAUGGGCAGACGUACCAGGGUCAUCCUAUCUCGUGUGCAGCUGCUUUGGCCGUCCAGAAGAUUAUCAAGAGGGAUAAUCUAUUGGAGAAUGUGCGUGCUAUGGGUGCUUACCUGGAGGAGAAGCUGAGGGAUACAUUGGGAGGGCAUCCGUUUGUCGGUGAUAUUCGCGGCAAGGGGCUGUUUUGGGGUAUCGAGUUCGUCAAAGACAAAUCCACCAAGGAAGCGUUCCCUACGUCCGCCUCGCUCGCUUUCCACAUCCAGGAGACUGGUUUGGAAAAGGAGUACAGUCUCUCCCUGUAUGCCGCAUCUGGCACGGUUGACGGCAUUCGCGGAGACCAUGUUCUCCUCGCACCGCCUUACAACGUGACGAAGGAGGAGAUUGAUAUUAUUGUUGCGAAGACUGCACAGGUGAUUGACCAUGUGUUUUCGAAGGUCGUCAGUGUCUAAACAUUUGAAUCGGUUUGCAUAAUAUGUUCUGUUAGUCUAGGAUUGAGGGAUAUCAAUUGCCUCAGAGAUGGCUUUGUUUACUAUUUAUGAUAUAUAAACCUACGAAUGCCUGC